UGUCAAUGAAACCAUUUAAAGUAGUGACUUAUUGUACAUUUUAAGCAGCAAAGCGCUUAAAGCCAAAUUGCAAUAAUCAUAUAAAAGUUGGAUUACAAAAUUCAAAGUUUCUUUGAAUUCGAAACAAUACUAUUUGUUAUCGCCAAUUUUAGCUACUCGACAAAUUAAUUACUCAUGUUGAUUAAUUGACACAGAGACGCAGUAUAAAUAUACAAUAGUAUAUAUACCGAGACCAGAGAUUUCUGUUAACCAUCGGGUCUACGUAACCAGAACGGAACUAGAUUUUUAUCCAUCCAAGGACUGGCAACUCGGCAGCAUUCUAUUAUUAGCAAAUAAUGUAUGUUAACGUUUCAAAGAGUUUCUUCAGAUCGAAUCUUUCAUGUUACAAUGGAGUUUCGGAAGUCGUGACUUCAGGGAUAAUUGCAAUUAAAAAAAUCGGUAUCGAUAAAAUGUAUAUCGAUUUAGACCAUUAAAUCAAAAAAACAAAUAACAGCUGAUCUUAUAUUAUUUUGGAAGCGAAAUUCAUAUAAAUUUUUGUGAAUGCGGCGGUUAUUUCACACGUUUUUAAGUGUUAUGUCAAAGAAAAAAAGCAAAAAGUUUGCUACCGUUGUUCCUGUAGAUGAGAAGAAACCAAAUGAUGGUCCUUUGCAGUUGGACAAAAGCGGUAACAUUUGCAUUCGAAUCCUCGCUAAACCCGGUGCCAAAAUGAAUGGCAUUACGGAUAUAGGAAAUGAAGGAGUUGGAAUACAAAUAGCAGCACCGCCCACAGAAGGAGAAGCAAACGCAGAGCUCGUCAAAUACCUUUCCAAACUUUUAGGAUUACGGAAAAGCGACGUAUCGCUGGAUAAGGGAUCUCGAUCACGCAAUAAAUUAAUAAUGGUUAGUAAAGGAGUUACCACAAUGGAAAAUGUAAACGAAGCACUAAAGAGGGAAUGCGGAACGUAGAAUGUAGAAGAAUGUUUAUGUUAAGAAUAUUUAAAUAAUUGUUUCAUCAUUGGAUUUACAUAGUAAGUCUGCAUUUAAUUGCAAAAUUGUAUUACUGAACGUAAUAAAGUUAUCUUCUCAUUAGAAAGUUAAAUAAUUUUAAAAUUUAUUUUAUCUUAAUAAAUAUUUUUCAACUGUAUUAAUAGA